AUGAGGAAGCGGUCGUUCUUACUGACCUUACGGGUCUGCACCUCGGGGUCACAAGAGAUGUACGGCUUCAGAGAUACAUCGCCGAUCGAUCGUGACACAGCCAACUGGCCGUUCACGCGCGGGACGUCGAUCAUCUUCUUGAAAGGCCACAUUUUAUACAUGAAUCUGGGUUUGCCGGUGACGAAGGCACCUUUGGCUUUCAGACGUUCGCGUUCGUCCUUGCGGUUGGGUUUCUGGUCGUCGGACAUUGCAAUGGCGUCACCAUGGCGGGUGACCACUACGGCACGGGAGUCACCAACGUUGCCGACAUGCAGGAGACCGUCACGCACGAUGGCAACGAGUAGUGUGGAGCCGUCGUCCGUGGCGAACGAGCGUUUCGAUGUUGCAGAAGUCGGCGUCUAG